CUCUCUCUCUCUCACUUUCCUAGUAAUAGCACAAACAGGUCCUUCUCGCGUAAGGAGAAGAGCAGCUUCCCAUCUUCCUUUGCCUUCAAUAUUAAAACCCCCUCCUUUUCCUUUUUUUUUUUUCAACUGUCUCUCCGUGUUCACCUCGCGUUCCUUAGCACAGAACUCAGCGUCAGCGACGAAAAUAAAAAAAAUCUCGAUUGAUAAAAGAAUAAAAUCAAAAGGUUAUUUUUUGUUCUUUCUUUAUCUUUACAAUUCAUAACGCAAUUAACGCGUUAUUCUCUUCCCAUUCCUACCUUUUUUGAUCCUCUCGAUCCUGAUCCAGCUUUAAAUAGAUCUCCGUUCUCGAUACCUUUUUGAUCGGUAGUGUUGUUGGCUUUGGUUGGUGGCUUUCAAAUUAUAGAAUCUAAGAGCGAAAUUUUCAAGAGUUAAAUAACUGAUUACACGAGUGUUGUUUCGUGAGGAAUAAUGAUGUCGACCUUAACAGUUGGGUUGUGAAGUACUAUGGAACUGGUGGUUGCCCGACAACAACAACUGCAACAACAACAACAACAACAAGAUGACGAUUUACAUUGGUCGCGAGGCUUCCAAGCUAUGGAAGAGAAUUUGUGCAGAGACUAGUACAGAGAUCAACCUACUUGCAGAAAAUUGGAAAUACAUUCUUGCUGGUCUAAUUUUUCAGUAUAUACAUGGUUUGGCUGCCCGAGGAGUUCAUUAUCUACAUCGUCCAGGGCCAACAUUGCAGGAUGCAGGAUUCUUUCUUCUUCCGGAGCUUGGGCAAGAUAAAGGCUAUAUCAGUGAGACGUUAUUCACCUGUGUCUUUCUAUCAUUCGUACUGUGGACUUUCCAUCCUUUCAUCUGCAAGAGCAAAAAGAUCUACACAGUUCUAAUUUGGUGUAGAGUUCUAGCCUUCUUAGUUGGUUCUCAAAUUCUUCGGAUCAUUACAUUCUAUUCUACUCAGCUUCCAGGUCCAAAUUAUCAUUGCCGUGAGGGCUCCAAACUUGCCAGGCUGCCACGUCCAGAGAGUGUGCUUGAAGUACUCUUAAUUAAUUUUCCUCGGGGAGUAGUAUUUGGCUGUGGUGAUUUGAUUUUCUCAUCACACAUGAUAUUUACCCUAGUGUUCGUACUUACAUAUCACAAGUAUGGCGCACAAAGGUUUAUAAAGCAGUUAGGCUGGUUGAUUGCUGUGAUACAGAGCCUUUUAAUUAUAGCUUCCCGCAAACAUUACACGGUGGAUGUUGUUGUUGCAUGGUAUACUGUUAAUUUGUUGGUAUUCUUUAUCGACAAGAAAUUACCAGAGCUACCUGACAGGACUAUUGGAGCUGCAUCUCUGUUAUUACCGCUGAGUACUAAAGACAAAGAUAUGAAUGAAGAGAAUCACAAGCUCCUGAAUGGGAAUUCAGUAGACCCUGCAGAUCGGAGGUCAAGAACCCAAGUUAAUGGCAAGGUUCUGGAAGAUGUCAAUGGAGUCCAUAACGAUACAAAUGCAAUGAAUGGUGUCUAGAUGAUGGGAGCUGGAAGCUGCUACUGCUGCGAGAACUUGCUUUUUAUAUCUUUAAGAACCCUUGUGUGGUGGGCUUCAGUUCCCAAGACUGCUGGUAAAUUUAAUUUGUAUUCUAGAGGGAAAUCGAAAAAGAAAGAAAAAGAAAUAUGGAUAGCACAUAAUGUACAUUUUACAGUCCUGCUUCUUUGUCAUGGUUAAAAACAAAUAUUUCAUCAGCAUCAGCAUGUAUCAUGGUAUCUACCAAGUUCCUGUUUCUCCAGAAUUUUUUUCCUCGAGCAUGUGUGAUGCUGUUGAAACUUUCACUCGCUUUCUUUUUAAUUUCACACUGUGAAGCCGAAGGCUCUUCACUUUUUACAAA